CUGUGGUUUUAGAUAAGAAGAAGAAAGAUUCCGCGUCUGUGUAUUCUGUUUUUGCAGCACAGUUCAAGACAAUGGGUUUGCCAGAGUCCUUGUGACCUUCAGUGGUGUCUCUUUGGCUACCACCCACCCGGCUGUUUAUCAACAUGCAAGGUUUCUACUCCAAGCUGGACUCUCCCCCACUGCUGGGGGGAGAGGGCGCCCCCGUACCCCUGAGCCUGGCUGUGGAGACGGAAAAAGCCCAGGCGCUUUUGCAGACAUUCAGCUCCGCCUCCCUGCUUGCCUCGGCGGGUUUGGGCGUCUUCUGCGUGGCGGCGGACCACGCCCUGCAGCUUCCGCUCAUCCAGCAUCACCUGUGGCUGCGCGCCGCCCUGGACAACGGGACCCAUGCUGUUGUGGGCUUGUGGUCCUGGGCUGUGGUCAUCGGGCUCAGGAAGAAAAGUGACGUCUACGAGGUGCUGCUGGCGGGUCUCCUGGCGUCUAUCAUAGACUUGGACCACUUCUACAUGGCCGGCUCGCUGUCACUCAAGGCCGCCGUCUCCCUGCCUCAGCGGCCUCCUCUCCACUGCUCGUCUCUCAUUCCCGUCCUCUGCCUGUCCCUCCGCUUACUCAUGUGGCUGGGACGCCUCAAAGACGCCUGGUGCUCGUUGCCGUGGAUGCUGUUCAUAUCCAUGGCGACGCAUCACGUGCGGGACGCUGUGCGCCGCGGCCUGUGGGUGUGUCCCUUGGGGAACACGGCGCCGCUCCCCUACUGGCUUUACGUCAGCACCACAGCGACGCUUCCUCACCUGUGCUCUGUGCUCAUGUACCUGACCGGAGCCAGAGACGUCAUCUCCACCAAACACGGCGUCGCCAUCGAUGUGUAGACUCCGUUAGGAGAUUGUGAGGUGCAACAAAAGGGAUGGCAAAUUAAUGGAAGGGAGAAACUAUGACGCAAAUCCCAAACAAAUGAGUGCCAACUUUUACUUUCCUACCCUGUAGGUAGUUAUUGCUUAUUCACCUUUACGAUAUUUAUCCAGCGAUGACUAAUUGAUAUUAUCACAAGUACACUGUCUCUCACCAAUAUUUACUUGAACAAAAUGUCUGAAGUGUCGCCUUACUUCAGAAUGCUUCAAUUGCACUUGUUUUAUUGUAGUCGAAUAAUUAUUUUUUUCACUGUCCACAUGCGAAUCCCCGUGUAUUUAAAUACCAAUUAACAUAAUAUAAUUUAUAGAUUAUUUUAAUUGAAUGUUUAAUUUUUUUUUCAUUUGAAAUUUUAAACCAUAUUUAUUUGCUAUUUAUUGUUAUACUGCUGAGGAAAAUGUCGAUUAAAACACAGAUUUCCACUUUGUAUUGCGAUUUAACUAAAUAUAUUUAGCUUCGUGUAGAGACAGGGUUUGAAUACGGCUAGAUUUUGUCCUCAUUUUUAAUCUGUAUAGAGAAAGUCGUCUGUUUUGUUUCAGUAUCAUGAAAAGGCUGAUGUCAUCCUGUGUCCACUAGAGGGCGACAAAGGACCAAGGUGGAAUUGACGAUUAGUCCAUGCAAACGGUAUGUUUAUUUUCAUCGUGUGCUGCUGUAUUGUACAUUUUGGCAUCUUAUGGUUUAAUAAGACUUUGUUAUCACUUCUGCUAUUAUGAUAUAAAAAAUGUUUGGAAAUAUUUGUCACAAAUAGGAGUUUUACAAACUUGGUUACGAAGAGCAGUUUCUAAGGACACAUGCACUUAGAAUAAUGUUUUUCCAGAAACUAACAGUUGUUAGCCAAACCUCUUAUCACUGCUUAAGUCAUCCACUUGAAACCUCUUUUGCACAUAAGUUUGUUUCCAUUUAUUUGCACUGUUUAGUUGCUGUAAAAGAAAAAAAAAUACACAUAAAACAAUAUAGAGAAUGCACUAUUAUUUUAAUCUCAAUAAACAACAUCUGGAAUAUGAGUUUGCUACAGGAAGCACAAUGCCACACAAGUUGCGGCUUUUUCCAUGAAGAAUUAAAGCACCCGAAAGCUGCCGGUGUGAUAAAAUAGUAUUUAUUUUUUUACAGAAACAUACAAAGGUAGGGAGGGCACAAAUAACAGCUUAUGGUGAUAUCUGGCAAACAAAUGAAGCCACCAAAAAAAAAAAAAGACACUAUGUACAUCUGAGGAUAGAUGCCUGAAAGAGGCUCCUGGCAUCACAAAAUAGAGAGAAGACAAAGUUUCUAUGAAGACUAAGAAAAGGCUCACAUGGAAUUAUGGACAGUCUCUAAUACUGCACUUUGCCCAAAAAAUGUAAUUUUAUUACAAAAUGUGUCUUUUAACACCAAGAAAAAAAAAAAUCCUAAGUGUUUGUUGUCAGUACAAAUCUAAGUUUAAAUCUAAUUGAAAAGUUUAACUCAACAACCCCUUCCACUUUUUAAUUAUUAUUUAUUUUUCUUAGAUAUUAGAAUUUAAUGGAAAAGAACAAACACUAUCCUCUCCAUUAAAUAUAUUUCUUAGAUUGUCUGGGACCUUCCUACUUGACCCCAAAAAAUGAAAUGAAAACCAUGUUGAAUGAUCAGUCCAAUAGAAUAACAGAACAGCAACAAUGCUGGGGACAUAAAUACCGAUAUCCUCCAGAAACAUAUUCUUAAAUGUGGUCAUCUGGAAUUUCAAAUUCAAAUAUUUCCAUCUAUUCUUAAUUCCACAAACAGUUUCUUUUGAACACCUUUGAUUUUCCCAAUGAACUGUGUGAUCCUGAAUUGCUUA